UGCUAGCACAAGCUAUUCGGACAAUCAUUUACUAGCUUGUAAACAGUGUCCUCGAUACUACGGAUAGCCAUGGACGAAUGCGUAGAAAUUGAAUCAUCCGACGAAGAGCCACAGCACGUCGAAAGAGGCAGUCGCGAGUCGGAACGCAUUGGAAUAUCUUCGGCGUCCUCUUCUCCGCAUCCUCAACCCCAGUCGGAGCGGUCCGACACACCAGUAUCGGCCAACCUUCGAAAUUCUAGUCAAGCGAUGAACCGGGCUCGACGCAACGAGAUCGGACAGCUGAAGAAACUGGAGACGGAUCCUAAGUUUCUAGCAAAUUUUAAUCCGCAAACUUCUCGCCGUGAAAAGCGAAAGCUGAACAGGAAAUCCACACCGCUUGUGGUGCCCAAAGUGGUGGGACUGUACACCGAUCGGGGUGUGCAUAGAGAAACUGGUCGUGAUAUGUGUGACUGUUUGGAUCUAAGCUGCCCCGGUUGUCACUUCCCUUGCUUGUUAUGUGGCACUACAAAGUGUGGUUCACAUUGUCGCGUGAACCGCAAGUGGAUGUAUGAGUCGAUUGAACAUGAUGCUAAGGAUCUUGUAAUCAGGAAUAAGUUACUAUUAAAGAAAUAAUUUUAGGAUUGUAUAUUUAGUUUUGUCCCAUUUUUGUGAAUUCAGAAUAAAACAAUACGACUAUCAACACGAAAA